AAGCCGGGGCCGCCGGGUUUGCGCCGCCCCAGCCCCAGUGGGGGCGGGCGCGGGGGAACUGUUGGGGGAAGGGGCCCCGGGGGCGGCCACGAGCCACUCACGCGUCGAACUUGUUGUUCAUCCUCUCGCCGCGGCUGUCGCCACUGCCUCAGGGAGUGACUUCCGCUCCACCGGGUCCCUCAGCCUUAGGCCCGGGUACUUCCGGUUUUGCGCGGGGCACAGCGGAACGUCCACGCGCAGGCCCGGUUUGGGGGCGGCUAUCUCAGAACGCCAGCCCAGGGCGGCUGCGCAGAGGGUUGGCCUCAGCGGCGGAGCUGGCUUCAGGUCUCAGCUUUGUCGCCGUCCAGGUCCUGUGACCUGCCCGCUCUCCUAAGGGAGCGUGUCCAGGCGCCCUCCCGCAGCGCCUCCGAAAAAAGGCAGCACCGCGUCGUUGACAGCGCGGGCUCUGGACUCGCUGCCUGGUAAAAACCCUCCUCCUCCUCCAGUGCCGGACGCACUCUCCGGUAUCUCUCUUAACCUUCCCGAGGCUUUCCUUUGGCGGCAGCGCCACUAUACUGUGGCAUACCUCGUUUUAUUGCGCUUCCCAGAUAGGACUUUCUAAAAACAAAUUGAGGGUUUGUGGCAGCCCUGAGUCCAGCAAUUGUAUUAGCGCCAUUUUUCCAACAGCAUGUGUUCACUUCGUGUCUCUGUGUUACAUUUUGGUAAUUCUCAAAAUAUUUCAAACUUUUCAUGAUUUCUGUGUCUGUUAUGGUGAUCUAUGAUCAGUGAUCUUUGAUGUUGCUAUUGUUUUGGGGUGCCACAUACAGCGUCUUUUAUAAGACCGCGAACUUAAUGUUGUGUGUGUUCUGACUGCUCCACCCACAGAUUGUUCCCCAUCUUUCUCCCUCUUCUUGGGCCUCUCUAUUCCCUGAGACACAACAAUAUUGAGAUUAGGCGAAUUAAUAACUCUGCAAUGGCCUCUAAGUGCUCAAGUGAAAGGAAGAGUCGCACGUCUCUCACUUUAAAUCAAAAAGUAGAAAUGAUUAAACUCAGUGAGGAAGGUAUGUCAAAAGCCGAGAUAGGCCGAAGGCUAGGCCUCCUGCGGCAAACAGUUAGCCAAGUUGUAAAUGCAAAGGAAAAGUUCUUGAAGGAAGUUAAAAGUGCUACUCCAAUGAACACACGAAUGAUAAGAAAGCGAAACAGCCUUAUUGCUGAUAUGGAGAAAGUUUUAGUGGUCUGGAUAAAAGAUCAGACCAGCCACAACAUUCCCUUAAGCCAAAGCCUAAUCCAGAACAAGGCCCUAACUCUCUUCAACUCUAUGAAAGCUGAGAGAGGUGUGGAAGCCGCAGAAGAAAAGUUUGAAGCUAGCAGAGGUUGGUUCAUGAGGUUUAAGGAAAGAAGCCGUUUCCACAACAUAAAAGCACAGGGUGAAGCAGCUAGUGCUGAUGUAGAAGCUGCAGCAAGUUAUCCAGAAGCUUUAGCUAAGAUCAUUGAUGAAGGUGGCUACACUAAACAACAGAUUUUCAAUGUAGAUGAAACAGCCUUCUGUUGGAAGAAGAUGCCAUCUAGGACUUUCACAGCUAGAGAGGAGAAGUCAGUGCCUGGCUUCAAAGCUUCAAAGGACAGGCUGACUCUCUUGUUGGGGGCUAAUGCAGCUGGUGACUUUAAGUUGAAGCCAAUGCUUGUUUACCAUUCUGAAAAUCCUAGGGCCCUUAAGAAUUAUACUAAAUCUACUCUACCUGUGCUGUAUAAAUGGAACAGCAAAGCCCGGAUGACAGCACAUCUGUUUACAGUGUGGUUUACUGAAUAUUUUAAACCCACUGUUGAGACCUACUGCUCAGAAAAGAAGAUUCCUUUCAAAAUAUUACUGCUCAUUGACAAUGCCCCUAGUCAUCCAAGAGCUCUGAUGGAGAUAUACAAGGAGAUUAAUGUUGUUUUCAUGCCCGCUAACACAACAUCCAUUCUGCAGGCCAUGGAUCAAGGAGUAAUUUCGACCUUCAAGUCUUAUUAUUUGAGAAAUACGUUUCAUAAGGCUCUAGCUGCCAUGGAUAGAGAUGUCUCUGAUGGAUCUGGGCAAAGCAAAUUGAAAACCUUCUGGAAAGGAUUCACCAUUUUAGAUGCCAUUAAAAACAUUCGUGAUUCAUGGGAGGAGGUCAAAAUGUCAACAUUAACAGGAGUUUGGAAGAAGUUGAUUCCCACCCUCAUUGAUGACUAUGAUGGGUUCAAGACUUCAGUGGAGGAAGUAAGUGCAGAUGUAGUGGAAAUAGCAAGAGAACUAGAAUUAGAAGUAGAGCCUAGAGAUGUAACUGAAUUGCUGCAAUCUCAUGAUAAAACUGUAACAGAUAAGGAGCUGUUUCUUAUGGAUGCGCAAAGAAAGUGGUUUCUUGAGAUGGAAUCUACACCUGGUGAAGAUGCUGUGAACAUUGUUGAAAUGACAACAAAGGAUUUAGAAUAUUACAUAAACUUAGUUGACAAAGCAGCAGCAGGGUUUGAGAGGAUUGACUCCAAUUUUGAAAGAAGUUCUACUGUGGGCAAAAUGCUAUCAAAUAGCAUCGCAUGCUACAGAGAAAUCUUUCAUGAAAGGAAGAGUCAAUUGAUGAGACAAACUUCACUGAUGUCUUAUUUUAAGAAAUUGCCACAGCCACCCCAACCUUCAGCAGCCACCACCCUGACCAGUCAGCAGCCAUCAACCUCGAGGCAAGACCCUCCACCAGCAAAAAGAGUACGACUCACUGAAGGCUCAGAUUGAUCAUUAGCAUUUUUAGCAAUAAAGUAUUUUUAAAUUUAGGUAUGUAUAUUGUUUUAUUAGAAAAUGCUAUUGCACUCUUGCUAGUCUACAGUAUAGUGUAAACAUAACUUUUGUGUGCAUUGGGAAACCAAAAACA